CCCUUGCUCAUUACUGAAAGCUGCUGAGAGAACAGAGUGAUUUAAUCGUAAUUUAAUCGGAAGAGGUAAAUGUUCUUCACAUCUUAUUCAGGACUAAGAUGUUUGUUACUGUGAUAUUUGGUGAAGGAAGAGAGGAGCUAUUGAACAUAAACUGCAAGAUUAUAAACUUCAUCCACUGCAUAAAAGAGAAAUGCAAUCUGGGUGUCCAAGAUGAUGUGGACUUGAUGGACAGGAUGGGAGAGCUGAUGAACUUGAAUGAGAAAGCACAGAGCACUGACCUCAUCAGCAGUUUGCUGAAGGAGAGAGCGAGCUAUAUUCCAGUACGUGUGUCACGAGGUGAAGGCACUGAAGGUCCUAAAUAUUCAGCAGUUAGUGGUUUUGGGACAAGUUACCCUGAGCUAGCAGAGGUCCUAAGAAAGUUGACAAAUCACUCAAAGGACAGAGACAAAAAGGGCGGCACAUCAAAAAAAGGCGGAGUUAGUCAAAACCGUAUCAAAGCUGCUGUCAAGAAGAUACCUCGGAGCUAA